UGGUAGUCUGCAGUUACUCCCAUCGUGUCCGGGGAGUACAGUCACCACCGGGACAGAGCGACGAUGGCAUCCCGCGUCUCCUUCACUCAGAUCCGGCUGGAAGCGGAGCUGGAGCGCUGCCGGGCCGAGUGUCAGUGGGACAAGAUGCCGGCUAUCAUCGACCAGAUGCAGGCAGCGCGAUUCCACGAGGACGAUGAUUACGGGACGCUGCUGAUGGCCGAGGUGCUGCUGGAGGAGUGCCUGCAGGAAAACACGGAGCUAUUACGGCGCUGCACACCUUUGAUGGAUAAGACGCAGCUCGGACUGUCUAAGGCCAAAGGUCACCUCAACUCCAUCCUGAGCCGAGGCCGUCUCACACCCAGGUACUUGAACGAGGCUCUGCUGCUGAUGGCCAAAGUCCACUAUGUGCAGGGUCGAUACCGGGACGCACAAGGAAUGUGCGCCAGGGUGGGAUUGGAGGAGCUGACGCACGACGACCAGCCAAUCUACCACCUCCGACUGCUGGCCGAGGCUUUCGUCAUUAAAGGUCUGUCUCUGGACCACCAGAUAGUUUCUGCAGUGUCUCGUGUCCGCCUGUCAGAAAGGGAGGAGGAGAGUCUGUCCUGUUACCUCAGAGCCUGUGACGCUGCUCUGGCCUACCUGCAGGAGAUCGAUAAGGUAGUAACAACGCCCCACACAAAGACAGCCAAAGCCAGUCUGCUUCCUCCACCCAUGGACAUCGACCUGGGCUACUUCAUACAGGCAGCUUUACAGAGCGCGUACUUAUGUCUGCUGCACAGAGGUCAUCUGGCGCAGGGUGCUCACCAACUGCGUAGGGUGCUCAGGGUGGUGGAGUCACGAGGGUCUCAGAGCUUCAGAAAGUCCGCAGCAAGGAAGCUAGCAGAGGUCCUUCUGAGCUCAGUGAGUGAGGACGGUUACUGGCCCCCACUAGGGCCCCCACCAUCAGCCUGGCUGCACCGAGAGGGAGCCGCCGCUUCCAAAGAUGCCAUCUACCCUACUGUUAAACCACCACAGCGUUACAGCACUGAGAGUUGUUUCUGUCCUCAGGACGUGGUGGAAGAGGCUGUGCUACUGCUGCUCAUCACAGAGUCGAUGGCCAGUGGGGAGGCGGUGAUAAGUCGUCUGCCAGACCAGUCUGACGCUCGCCAGGCCAGCCUGCAGGAUGCCACCUCAGUCUACGACCUGCUCACCAUCGGCAUGGCCAGGAGGGGGCAGUACGCCAUGCUGUCUGAGUGUCUGGAGCGAGCCAUGAAGUUUUCAUUCAAUGAGUUCCACCUCUGGCACCAGCUGGGCCUGUCACUCAUGGCGGCCGGGAAGGAUGUUGGUGCCGUAUCUGUAUUUAAAGAGUGUGCCAGGAUGAGACCAGAUGACCCUUCACUGCCCCUGCUGGCUGCUAAAGUCUGCAUUGGUCAACUACACUGGUUCAAAGAGGCUGAGGCUCUGUCCCAAACUGUGGUGUCGAUGGGGGAGGAAGCUGGAGAAUUCCUGCCCAGAGCCUACCUGGCUGUGGGGCUUUGCUGCAGUCUACAGGCCUCUGAUGCCUCCCUGAAAGCAGAUCGGAAUGAAUUCAACCAAAAGGCGCUACAAGCUCUGAGCAAGGCUCAUUCAUUAGACCCUCAGGAUUCUCAGAUUGCUAUGUACCUGUCUCUACAGCUGGCUCUUGUGCGCCAGGUAUCAGCAGCCAUGGAGCCCCUGCAGGCGGCCUUGUCUCUCCAUGGAGAUGACUUGCACUCCCUCCACCUGCUGAUCCUGCUGCUCAGUGCCCAGAAGCACCACCGCCAUGCCCUGGACACCCUAAACCUGGCCCUCAGCCAGCACCCCGGCAACUUCAAUUUGCUGUUCACAAAGGUUAAACUGGAAGAGGCCCUGUUUGGCCCAGCUGUAGCCCUGCAGACCUGUGAGGAGAUGCUGCAAUGCUGGCAGAGCCGCUAUGAUGUCAGCCGGUCCAAUGAGACAGAUGACGGCAGCAGCAUACCGGUGGCUGAGAGGCCUGAAGUCAGCUCUGGAGCCAGAAAACCCUCCAUCCACCUCACCCUGCCUGACUUCCAAGACGUCUCCACUGGUUCGCUGAGCCCUUCCUCAGUUGCGGUGUCACGUCUGGAAGCAGCACUCUCCGAAGUGUCAGACAUCAGCUCGUCCCGUCGCCAAGGACCCAUGUACAUCUGGGCCACCCUGGAACGCAUUUGGCUGCAGGCUGGGGAGUUGUUCAUGGUGGAUGGCCGGCUAAAGGAGGCCCAGUUUUGCAUAGCAGAGGCCAGCUCACUCUUCCCCAAUUCGCACUCAGUGAGGCUGCAACAGGGCCGCCUGGCUGAGCUCCGGGGCCAACUGGACGAAGCCAAAGGCCUGUAUGACGAGGCUCUGGCCAUCCAUCCAACAGGAGAGCGCAUACUGGUGCACAUGGGCAGGUUGCUGGUGAAAACGGGGCGUGUCCACCUUGGGGAGAAGGUCCUGCGUGAUGCAGUUCAGAUCCACAGCACGUCCCACGAAGCAUGGAGCCGUCUAGGCGAGGCCCUGCAGUCUCGGGGCUCCAGGCAAGCUCCCGACUGCUUUUUGACCGCACUGGAGCUGGAAGCGACCUGCCCCAUCCGGCCCUUCAACAUCAUCCCCAGGGAGCUUUGAGGGGCUUGGGCUGAGGUGGAGGUCUUUGGUUAGGGUUAAAGGAUUAGCCUGUUGCUGGAUGAUUGUCCACUGAUGCAAAUACGGUCAAAAGCAGUGCUGGGUGCAAAAAUACUAUUUAAUGGGAAUUAGCAUUUUGGGUAAAAGGCUUAUUCACUUUCCUCCUGAAAGUUUGAUAAGAGGAGAAAGUGGUAUCAAUCUUCUUAUCUGACUCAUGGCAAGAAAUCGAAUAAGCAUAUAAGUACCUUUUUAGUAAUGAGGUAUGUAACAAAUUACUUUUUCACUUUCAGCGAUAAUGACUGCUAUUGAUUGAAUUGUCACUUUCAUUGUCUAAUAUUUUCAAAAUGACAACAUUUUGAAACAUUCUGAACAUUCUGAACAUUUUGAACAUUCCCAGCCCUCAAUUUUGAAUAUGAUAUCUUAAAUGUAAAAUAGCAAGACGUUUCCACUGGUGCUGAGUGAAAUAAUAAUAUUGGAUAUCAGAUAUAACAAAGAUGUAAAGUAAAAAUGAUGUAA